CGCGCGCCCCACCGCCAGACCCGAACGAGCCAGCAUGGCGGCCGCCCGCGCCCAGGUGAUCCGCGCGCUGCUCGCCAGGUGCUCGGCGAAAUGCCCCCGCCGCUCCUCGUCCCCCUCCCCAUCUUCCUCCUCCGCCGCCUCCUUCUCCAGCAUCCGGGGCACCGCUCCCUCUCCCUCCGCCCCCUCCCCGCUCUACCGCCGCCUCUUCCCAGCUUCGCAGACGCAGACGCGAUCCCUGGCGAGCGAGGCCGCGCGGGGCGGCGUCGGCGGGCGCGAGGGCGAGGAGGAGGAGGAGGAGGAGGCGCGGGAGUGGGCGGUGGAGUGGGAGGACAGCGAGGACGACGGGUACGACCCCGAGAUCGGCGACGGCGGGGACGGCGGCGGGGUCGUGCUGCGGGACGUCAAGUGGGGGGAGCGCGCCCUCGCCGCGGCCCAGGAGGUCCUCGCGGGCCACUUCGGGGAUGACGUCGAAAUGUUCGCCUUCAAGGUGUCGCCCAAGGGAUACGUCUACGUGCGCCUUGACAAGCUCACCAACAUGUAUGGGUGCCCUGAUAUUGAGGAAAUAGAGAGCUUCAAUAGGCUCUACAAGCAGAAAUUGGAUGAGAUCAUUGAAAGAGGCGAAAUACCUCUGGACCUGGCAGUUGAGGUCUCAUCACCGGGUGCAGAGAGGCUUUUGAAGGUGCCUGAGGAUUUGGAUCGCUUCAAGGACAUGGCUAUGAGGGUGCAAUACCUUGUUGAAGGUGAUAACAACCUUGUCUCGAAGCAGAACCUACUGAAGGAUGGCAUCUUCUUGCUCGAGUCGGUUGACACUCGAGCUGAGCACUGCAUCUGGAAGCUGGCAGAUGUCAAGGAGAACAGAGCCGAAGCUGGGAAAGGAAGGCCAUUGAACAGGAAGCAGAAAGACUGGAGGCUGCAAACUUCAUUCCCAUCGGUGAAGAAGGUGACCCUGUACUUGGACUCCAACUAGCAACGCCUAUAUAGUUUAGAAAGGUUAAGGCUUCCAAAAACUGUCAUACUCGGAGUCAUGCUUACUCUUCAAGAGUUAAGAAAGAGCAGCAUUAUCUAUUUAUUCUUAGAGUUGCCCACUGGCUGUGUCAGAUUAGUGAGGCAUAUUUUUUUGUAGAGGCUGGUUACCUUGUACGUGAUCACAAUCUCAUAUACAGAGAUUAACUUGGGUGAUCCGAAGUCUGCACUGCUUGCAGCUCUAAUGUUUUGUGCAUACUGUUUCACCUCU